ACACGGCAUUCAUAAAAAAUUAAAAGACUACUCUGUGUCAAGAUCCAUUAUUAAUUAUUUCAUUUGUGACCUUUGAUCUUUGAUAAACCCGAUCAUCAUGUGAAAAUUAAAAUCAGUAUUCUCAGUUUAUACACACAAUGUUUUUCCAAAGUGUUGUCUUCUUGUUUUGUGUUUAUACAGUGUACCCCUGCAGUGACAUUACCUUUAACAACGUAAAUGUUACUCUGAAAGGUGCUAAAGACAUCAAGGAAAUAACAGGAUGUUUCGAGCCCACAGAAGAUUUAAUAAAGGUAUCCUACAUCCAGAUCAUCAACCAAAAUAUUCCUGUUAUAAAAAGAAACGCUAUAAACAGUUUGCCGAAGCUCAUAGACGUCAUUUUGGAGGAAAACAACAUUACGGACAUCGAACCUGGAGCUUUUAGAAAUCUUUCAAUGCUUUAUCUGCUUAAAAUAAGAAAUAACAACAUUCGAAUGAUUCGCGAAGGUGUGUUUGCUGAUCUACCACUUACAGAGCUAAAUCUGAUGAAUAACAGCAUAGAAAUCAUUCAUCCAAAUGCUUUCGACAACAUGCCUAACUUAAUAGUGCUGUCCCUCAACGAAAACAAAAUUACAUCUCUUUCUAAUAAUUGGUUUAAAUCUAGUCCCAAAGUGGGAAAUAUUAACUUGGAGAGAAAUUAUAUAUCUGUCAUUCCCAACAAGAUAUUGCAAAACAUACAUGGAGAGCAUAUAGUGCGAAAUAUUACCAUUCUGACGAAUAUUAUGUUAAACGACAACACCAUCCAUAAAAUUGAAGAUGGUGCUUUUAAUGGGCCUGAAACGCUGGGUUGGUUGUUUUUGCACAGAAACGAAAUUGGCGAAAUAAGUGAAAACAGUCUGGGUUCUCUGAAGACCAUCGAAUGGGUGAGACUGGAUCAUAAUAAACUGAAGUGCGUGCCCGACAAACUAGUGGAAAUCUCUCCUAAAAUAGUGUACUAUCUACAAUCGAAUCCUUUAUCUGAAAUGUGUAUAAAUAAACUCAAUAUAACUGCUGUUUAAUAAUUUAUAACUAGUUGUAGUUGGAUCACUAAUUGUAAGGAAUUUGACAUCAUGACAUCAUUACCUUAAGCUAAAAAUAGUUAUUUACCAAAUAUAUUUUUAUAACGUA